AUGAGUUCAGUGUUUGACGCUAAUUCUUUGCCAGCUGGUGCAGUGGACGGAAACAACGGGACCAAAUGGAGUUCGGACUUAUGCGCAACAACGAAACAUGGCGACAUGGAUCCGUGGUGGAUGGUGGAUCUGCAUGGGUACUUCCACAUACAUGACGUCAUCAUCACUAACUCUGACAGUUGGUGGUGGCAACUACACAGUUUCACCAUUGAUGUGUUUACGGAUAAUCCAAUAGGAUGUGCACGCGCCACCCCAGUCCAGUGUUACAACCGCACCGACCCACUGGGGCGUAGUGAGACUGUACAGUUUAAAUGUCACUCGCCCGUGACUGGUCGGUUCGUCCGUAUAAAGAAGUGGAGAAUGACGAACACGUAUGACACACCGAUACUUUGUGAUGUUCAGGUUCUUGGCACAAGGGCUACAGGUUGUGCCUUCACUCGCCGUUUUCACCGUGUACGAGAGACGCGACUGAACUCGCAAACUGACGUCAUUUCCGGCGUUGUUGACGUCAUGAAUUGCGCGAGCAGAUGUGGUCACCGUGAUUGUUUGGCAUUCAACUACAACCAGAACAGUCAACAGUGUCAGCUCAUUUCAGCUCCGACGUUUACAGAUUCAACAACGAUGACGUCAUCGUGGGAUUACUACGGAGUGGAUCUUUGUUGA